UGGCAUUUUCGUGAUUAUCGCGCAUUUUGGUAAGCACUCUCGCGCUCCACCCUUUCAAUAAAUGCUCUUCUUCUUUAGACUCGCCAAGCUUUGCCCCCAGUCCCAGUCCUAGUAACACAGCUCUCUCUCUCCGGAGCCUGGAAAGAGAGGCAGAGGGAAGAUUUAAAAAUCUCCAGUACCCGGAGGUCGGACUACGAGCCAAAGAGAAAGCUCCCCAGAUUACGGCCAUCGCCACUCGUUCCCCGGCCAAGUCCUCGCCAGAGAUGCCUCUUUAGUGGAGGAGGAUGGGCUGCUUCUUCAGCAAAAGGGAUGCUGCUUCCUGGGGCAAGGCGGCGUCCAAGGUCCGCCGGCGAAGAAGUCCUCCGCCGACGGAGCCUGAGGCGCCGCAGGAGGAGACGGUGAAGGAGGUGCUCUCCGAGACGGCAAAGCCGAGGGCGAGGCCAAGGGAGGAAGUGAAGGAGGAGGAGGAGGAGGAGGAGGUGGUGGGGAUCAAGAAGUGUUUGAAGGCGGGUCCAGGUCUUAACUCCAUCAACGGCGGCUACAAUGAGAGGUUCGAGGAGAACUUCGAGGUCUGCAGCAUGAGCGAGGGCUUCUCCGUCUCAACGACGGCGACGGAGAAAAGAGGAGCGGAGGAAGUGGACGCGGAGGGUGAGGCCAGGAGAACGAGAGAGGAGAAGUCGCCGGCGAAGCUUCACCGGAAACGCUCCUUCUCCGGCGAGAUUGCUCGCAACAAAGAAAGGAGCGCCGGCGUCGGCGUCGGCUGCGGCAGUGGGAGGUCCUCUCCGUCGCCGGUGAAAAGGAGGGAGGGGGCCGUCGGGCGGACGUAUUCUGCCAGGGAGUCGGGACCAGGGCGGGCGGCGAGGAACCGGGUUGCGGUCGAGAACGGAUUCCGUAGAGACCCCGUGGAGAGGUCCAGCAGGAGGUCGGUAUCUCCCGCUGCGAAACGGGCGGCGGUGCUGCGAAAUGCGACCGCCGGUGGCCAAUGCAAGGUCGUGCCGGCGUCGAGGGCGAACGGCCGGGCAUCGCCGAGCAGGAUCCCACCGCCCCCGCCGGCGGCGACGGCGGCGGCGGCGGCGGCUGGGGAUGGAAAGAGGGUGCAGGAGGCGAGCGGCGGAGACGGCGGCGAGGGGAAGGAGUCUCUGGAGAAUCCCCAUGUCUCUUUGGAGUGCUUCAUCUUCCUCUAGUCUCUUCCCCUUUUGGCGGCGACUCAGGUUUGCAGUCUCCGGUUUAACAAAUUUAAGGUUCAUGCUCUUUAUUUAGGAACAAGAUAGAGGUAUUUUGUUAGGGUCAGCAUUUCGAAAUCCUUGGGAAGGAAAUGAAGCAAGAGAGGGGAAGGGGAAGGGGAAGGGGAUAGAGAGAGGGAGGCCUCUUGGCCGUUUUAGCCGCCGGGAAGCGCCUGUUGUCAUUUUGGCGGUGGGAAGGAUCACCGUGGUCCCCGGCUUGGAGACUACCGUUCGAUCUUGAUCGUACGCCAUAAAUGUAUUGUAACUUCUCCUUAAACUGUUAUAAUAUGUCUAACCUUAGUGUUCUGUUUCGUUUUUGUGCUCCUUUGUUCCUGAAAGGUAAUAUGAGUUUCGAAGCAUAGAAAAAAGAAAUAGCCUUUAUCAGAUGUGUGGCCACGUGGACGUACGUUGAUUGAUCUAUAGUUAAUAGGGGAAGGUAGGUCCAUUGAUUGCUUAGACGUAGCUCAUCAAAUCGAAUCAGAUGAUGGGUGGGUCUUGGCGGUGUCUUUUCCUGGGCUCCAUUGCAAGGAAAGAAAGGGAAGGAGCAGGGCAGUGGUUCCGUGCAGACGAGAUAGUUAAUAAUAUCACUGUUGAGGAGCUGUGCAGGGCACGGCACGCCACGCCACGGCAUCGAAUCCCGUGGUGGGCGGCAGGCCACCACAGGCCAUUGAAGCAGUCUCCUGAGGGAUGCAGGAACCUCC